UUUAGUAGACUGGGACUGUCCUAUGGCUUUGUGCACUCCCAACUUUUGUUUAUGUGAGCUUACUACGAUACGAUACGAUACGAUACGGUGAGGAGAAGGAGCAUGAGAAGCCCCCGUGUCGGACUUGAGACGUCAUGGAGAUACCCGCAUCCCCCGCGGACACCGGCGGCAAGACCUGCUCGUCGCUGACCGUGGACGACGUCUACGAGAUAGCCAAAGGCGUCGGCGCCGAGCUCGAGAGGCUCAUCGACGGCUACGGCCAGGAGAGCGUCCUGGGCCUGGUCCCCCGGGUGGUCCGCGUCCUGGAGCUUCUGGAGAGCUUCGCGGCCAGGAACCAGGCGCACAAGCACCGGGAGGAAGAACUGCUCAGGACCUUCGAGAGCCUCCAGCUGCAGCACCGGAGACGCGCGGGCAACGACCACAUCAACGACAAACAUGAGAUUCAGGAGCAGCAACAGAAGGAGCUGCAGUGGAGGAGCAAGUGUGAGGAGCUGCAGGUCCACGUUCAGCAGCUCCAGGAGGACAACCAGCAGCUGCACAGCAGGCUGAAAGGCAGCCAUGCGCAGGACGACCGUGUCCAGCGGCAGGAGCGAGAAGUGAUGCUGAAGCUGAAGCAGGUGGUGGACAAGCAGAGAGAUGAGCUGAGGGCAAAAGUCCAACAGAUCACCACCAUCUCCAAGGAGGUGGAAGCGCUCCAGGAGCAGUUGGACCGCUUCAUGAAGAUGAAUGCGGAGCUGCGGCACAAGCAGAGCGUGCUACAGGCCCAGCUGAAGAGCACAGUGGAGAGGAAGGCCGACAUGGAGGCCGACCUGAAAGAGAAAGUCAAAGUGAUCGAGAAGCUGCAAGCACAGAUGGACAGAACCAACAGCAAUACCCAGGCCAGUCCAAGUCCCAUCGAUAGUCAAACGGAGCCUUCGGCUGACCACAAGGAUCCUGAUCAGCCGUGCUUCACCAAGAAGGAGAUGCGAGACAUCAUUUUUGAGAGGAACGAGCUCAGAACCAACCUCUUUCUGGUGCAAGAAGAGCUCAACUACUAUCAAAGGGAGAUUCUGAACGAGGAACGGUGUCCAGGGUUCCUCAUGGAAGCUGUGCGUUCGGCCAUCACAAAAAAGAGAAAAGUAAUCAAAGCCAAGAUGCUGGGAAUUCCUGUGAAUGACUGCAGCAGCGAUGAAGAAGACAAGAGUCCUCUGACAGAAGUCGAUGGCACUGAAAAACCAGCAGAGUCACGUAUUAGAAACCUCUUUGGCUUCCUGACGUGGACGGGCAGCGGCCGUAGCCCCGCCCACAUGAGCAACGCCACGUCCAGCUGGGAGAUCCUCGCCGACUCUGAGGCCAGUGGGGAGCCGGAGCAGCAGAGGUCUUCCUGAGACCGGGACAAAAAAAAUGACAAAUCUGCAAGUGUUUCUCUCACCUCAACCUUUGCUACUUUUACUUCACGCCUGCUGCAAGCCUACUAUGCAAGUGUUCAGACACGUGUGAAUAUGUUUUUAAACAAAACACCUCCUUUUUUAUGCAUCUCAGCCUCUGUAAUCCCCCUCAGAUUUGUCUUUCAUUCUUUUUUAUUCAGUUAAAAAAAAAAGUCAAUCAUUAGGAGUGGGAACCUGAUUCAAUCAGAUUCCGAUUCUUGGGGAGACGAUUCGAUUCAACACGAUUUUCGAUUCAAACCGAUUUUCGCAAUGUAUUAUUUAGUAUAAUAAUUAUCAUGCACCUUUUUGAAAACAGGUUACAGGUUAGAAAAGUUCCUUCUGGUUGCAUGGAAAUGUCCUAACUUUUUCAUCUAAUUUUGCACUCUUUUUGCUUAUUGCGCAGCCAUACACCUUGCAGACAUACACUAUAUUGCCAAAAGUAUUUGGCCACCUGCCUUUGCUCACAUAUGAACUUGAAGUGCCAUCCCAUGGAAUUGUCCAAAAUGUUUUGGUAACCUGGAGCAUUCAAAGUUCCUUUCACUAGGACUAAGGGGCCAAGCCCAACUCCUGAAAAACAACCCCACACCAUAAUUCCUCCUCCACCAAAUUUCACACUCAGCACAAUUGAGUCAAAAAUUUUGCGUUCUCCUGGCAACUUCCAAACCCAGACUGGUCCAUCAGAUUGCCAGAUGGAAAAGCGUGACUCGUCAGUCCAGAGAAUGCGUUUCCACUGCUCUACAGCAGUGGUUCUUAACCUUGUUGGAGAUACCGAACCCCACCAGUUUCAUAUGCGCAUUCAUCGAACCCUUCUUUAGUGAAAAAUAAAAUGUUUUUUUUCGAAUUCAAGACAAAGUUAUAUGUUUUUGGUAACACUUUAGUAUGGGGAACAUAUUCUAAGUAACAAAGACUUAAUUUAGAGUUUUUUGGAUACUAGGGGAACAUAUUAUAAGUAACAAAGACUUAAUUUAGAGUUAUUUGGUUAGGGUUAGAGGGUUAUGGCCAGGGUUAGGGUUAUAAUAAGGCCAUGCCGAAUAAGGCAUUAAUAAGUACUUAAUAAUGAUUAGUUACGAGCCAAUAUGUUACUCAUUUGCAUGUUAAUAAGCAACUAAUUAAUGCUGAAUAUGUUCCCCAUACUAAAGUGUUACCAUGUUUUAUUACUGGUGCACAAAAUGAAGCGUGCAUGAACAUCACCUCGUUCAAAGAACAAAACCAACACAGUGUAUAAACUCACAACAAAUUACACACCUGCAAAUCAGUGUGACUUCUGCUGUUGCCGUAUCCGUAAUACGCCGAUAGAGAGAAGUUUUUAUUUACAUGAUGAGUCGGGUGUGUCUUGACCUACGCCGAACCCCUGAGCCCGAUUCACCGAACCCCUAGGGUUCGAUCGAACCCAGGUUAAGAACCACUGCUCUAGAGUCCAGUGGCGACGUGCUUUACACCACUGCAUCCCACGCUUUGCAUUGGACUUGGUGAUGUAUGGCUUAGAUGCAGCUGCUAGGCCAUGGAAACCCAUUCCAUGAAGCUCUCUGCGUACUGUACGUGGGCUAAUUGGAAGGUCACAUGACGUUUGGAGCUCUGUAGCAACUGACUGUGCAGAAAGUCUUUGCACUAUGCGCUUCAGCAUCCGCUGACUCCUCUCUGUCAGUUUACGUGGCCUACCACUUGGUGGCUGAGUUGCUGUUGUUCCCAAACUCUUCCAUUUUCUUAUAAUAAAGCCAACAGUUGACUUUGGAAUAUUUAGGAGCGAGGAAAUUUCCCGACUGUAUUUGUUGCACAGGUAGCAGCAUCCUAUGACAGUUCCACGCUGGAAAUCACUGAAAUCAACAUUCUUUCACAAAUGUUUGUAGAAACAGUCUCCAUGCCCAAGUGCUUGAUUUUUAUACACCGGGCCAAGUGAUUAGGACACCCGAUUCUCAUCAUUUGGAUGGGUGGCCAAAUACUUUUGGCAAUAUAGUGUAUAACUUGGUGUAUGACACAUGCUAACUGUUAACAUGCCAAUGUUAGCAUGCUAACUUUUUCAGCUCAUUUUCCAACACAACCCCAGACAUAUUAUAACUUGGUAUGUGACACAUGCUAACUUUUUAUUAGCAAAUUUUGCAACUGUUCAAUAAAACUUGGUAUGCGACACGCUAACUGUUAACAUGCCAAUUUUAGCAUGCUAACUUUUUCAGCUCAUUUUGCAACACAACCCCAGACAUAUUAUACCUUGGCAUGUGACACAUGCUAAAUUUUUUAGCAAAUUUUGCAACUGUUCAAUAAAACUUGGUAUGUCACACGCUAACUUUUAGCAUGCUAAUAUUAACAUGCUACAUUUUUUAGAAAAUGUUGCAAUCGUUUACUCCAGAGACAUGUAACUUGGUAUGUGACUUGGUAUGUGACUAGGGAUGUCCGAUAAUAUCGAAUAUAAAUGCGUUAAAAUGUAAUAUCGGAAAUUAUCGGUAUCGUUUUUUUUAUUAUCGGUAUCGUUUUUUUUAUUUUAUUUUAUUUUAUUUUUAAUUUUUUUAAAUUUUUAAUUAAAUCAACAUAAAAAACACAAGAUACACUUACAAUUAAUGCACCAACCCAAAAAACCUCCCUCCUCAUUCACACAAAAGGGUUGUUUCUUUCUGUUAUUAAUAUUCUGGUUCCUACAUUAUAUAUAAAUAUAUAUCAAUACAGUCUGCAGGGAUACAGUCCGUAAGCACACAUGAUUGUGCGUGCUGCUGGUCCACUAAUAGUACUAACCUUUAACAGUUAAUGUUACUCAUUUUCAUUAAUUACUAGUUUCUAUGUAACUGUUUUUAUAUUGUUUUACUUUCUUUUUUAUUCAAGAAUUUUUUAAAAAUGUAUUUAUCUUAUUUUAUUUUAUAAUUUUUUUUUAAAAGUACCUUAUCUUCACCAUACCUGGUUGUCCAAAUUAGACAUAAUAAUGUGUUAAUUCCACGACUGUAUAUAUCGGUUGAUAUCGGUAUCGGUAAUUAAAGAGUUGGACAAUAUCGGAAUAUCGGAUAUCGGCAAAAAGCCAUUAUCGGACAUCCCUAUAUGUGACACAGGCAAAUGUUAGCAUGCUAAAAUUAUUUAGCUAAUUUUGUAACCGUUGACCCUAGAGUCAUGCAACUUCAUACUUGAAACAUGCUAACUGUUCUCAUGUUAACCACGGUAUGCUGGCAUUAGCAUGCUAACUUGUUUUGCCAUUUUUUUUUCCAGAAGUACACCUUUGAGUCAUUACACUUAUUACCUGAUACAUGUUAACUGCGCGCAUGCAAACAGUUAGCAUUUCAGUUCGUCUCGCACGUUUUUGCAGUGGCAUUCACACGCAUUUCUUACCGAAAUUGCACAGAUUCUUGUUAAAAAUGGGUUCUUAUGAAAAACAUUUUUUUUGAACAUCUUUACUCAUUUCAGAUGACAAUCAGAUGUGAAUUUAUUUUUUAUAGAAUAGUUAUUUUAACUGAAAAAAGUUAUAUUUCAUCUAUAUUUCUUCAUCCUUUAUUGCGUUUAAAAAACCAAAGAAUAACACAAAAGUAUUUGGAAUGAGUAGUGGACAUGUAUAAAAAAAAUCACAUCUGUUCCUUUUAUCAAUCAAUCAUUAAAUCAAUGUUUACUUAUAUAGCCCUAAAUCACCAAUGUCUCAAAGGGCUGCACAAGCCACAACGAUAAAUAAUCAUAGCAAUUUAACCACAAAUCUGUCAUGGUAACUUUGAAUUCAAUUCUAUGAAUUUGAAUUGAAUUUGAGUUGAGGUAGCAAACAGGAAGUAGAACUGUAAUUCCAUGAAAUUAAAUUCAAACUUUUCCAAAUGUGUAAUUUUCCACAAGCCUGGUAUAAAAAUUAUGACAAGGUGUUAGCAUUCUUUAAGCAGCCCGUGCACACUAACCCCAUGAGCCUGAAACUAUCGCUUAAAUUUAGGCGAGUUUUGUAUAGAAAAUAAUAAUUAUAUGAGGCAUUUUCUGAGUGUUGUGGCUGACUAAACAUGUAUUUUUAACGCGGCUGAGCUUAUAAUCAUGUGCAUACAUUAUAUAAAGAUGUUAUUUUGCUUACCGUUUGCUUUUAGCUCGGCUCUUCAAUUUGGGAAAUGAGCCAAGUAAGUUUUGGUUGGCCACAACAUGCUCAGUCGCUGUUGUUUUAAGAAAAGGGGGAGAGGGGACAUGAUCCUGAUCCAUUUAGUCUUCCUAAAAUACUGUUGCAGUUUAUUUUUGUAAGCUUGAAUUCUGUUUAUGACAACAAAAAUAAAGACGAAUGCAAAUGUGUCAAAAAAACGAGGGAUAUUUUUCUGUGAUCCUGAGACUUGCUGUUAAGACUCGUUGUCUUACUAUAAUUUUACCUUCAUGCAACACCAUAAUGGACUUGGAAUAAAUGUAUCAAUAUGUAGACUCUCAGCUUUUAUUUACAGUAUUCCCUCGCCACUUUGUGCUUUGAAUUUUUUGGCUUUACUCAAUUGCGUUUAAAAAAAAUAUAUAUUCAUUUAAAGAUUAUAUCACAGUUCGUUGCUGUUUCGCAUUUGGCUACAGCCUAUUAUUCAUCCAAAAAUGCAUAUUUAAGUAAAUUUGACAUAUUGUUUAUGGAAAU